UUAGUCUUUUGUUUUCAACGUGUAGGUGAAGCAUGGAAGUGCAGUAACUGUGAAGUUCCAUAUAAGGGUCGUGGUUGCUAUGGAGACAGCCCAUCACGCGUAUUUAAAGUACAAGUCGUUAACGAGCGAGACCCCUCAAGUAAAGUCUAUGGAGGCCGAAGUAUUGAUUGGAGAAACUGGAAUAGUUACAUAGAGGGUUUUGCUUGUAGAUGCGCUAAACUUGUCAAGGCAAGAGGAUGGACUGUGUUUGGUUUGCAGUUUUAUGGUAAGAGCAUUUCAGAUUUAAAUUACAAAAUAUGUCAUUUCAUAUACUAACACUGCAUUGUUAUCAAGAAAGAUAUUGUGUACGGCUUUCAGACUGCUUCACGAUUUAUCAUUGCUGGUAAAGACUACAUACCCGGCAAAUUAACUCACUCAGAGGUCACCAUGGUUUCAGCUGCUUAAAAAAAUCCAAGAGCAUGCUAUCCAUUACCCUUCCCCCUCCCCCAUUGACUGAGAGUACUGCUACCCACACCCCCCUCUCCCAGAGGGCAAAUGUAAGUCCAUCGCAAGUUAACAUUUACCCCUAGAAAGUGUUCCCAACAGUUAACUGAUUCCUAUGUCUACUCCUGUGUGGAAAUAAGACUUGAACUGUCCGAGUACAAUUCUAAAUAAUGAGUUUUUCUAAUUUAUUAGCUUUCGAUCGACAUCUUGCCUAGUCUAACAAUGGCUGGAAAUGUACACUAGAACUCAAAACUGUGCCAACCGAAGCGUGAACCUGGACAUCAUAUUUCGAUUCAAAGUCGAGAUUUUCAGUCCAAGUUGGAUAACCUUUCAUUACAACUCCCCGUAAAAAGCGCCAUUUUAUGGGGUGCUAUAUAUUACAUAGUAGUAUCAGAUUAAUGAAUUAAUGAUAAGUAAUAAAUAAUCAAUAUGUCAAUAUUUAGGGGAAUGCUGGAGUGGACCUGAAGGUUCUUAUGACCUGGAAAGUAUGACGCCGGAAUCGACCUGUAUCUCAAAUGACUAUAACGAGUGUGGCAAGUUAGACAGACACUGUGUUGGAGAACAAUGGACUAACUUUGUGUUUGAACUUGGUGAGGAACUUCUGUUAGACUAAAAUGAAAAGCUUUCUUUAUUCAUUAAGCCAUCAGAAGCGUGUUUACAUUUUAGGACUAAUUACCGCCUCAAAGUAGAGCAAGUAUAAAUUUCGUUUGUUUGUCUCCAAAACAAAUUGAGGCGUUUUCUAACAGGGAAGUUUUCUACUAUGUUUUACCACAUCCUUUAACAAGAAACAAAGCGCGAUUUAUUGAUAUUUAAAGGGUCGGUGCGCACUGAACUGACAAAAUGUGUUUGACUCCACCAAAACUCUCGACAGAAUUUGUCUCCUAAAAAUUUUCUAUUUGUUAAUCGUAGGUGCACCGAAAAAGAGCGAAAUACUUGUUAACCACAAUUUCAAUCACAAAGACGCACAAAUUGAACAGUACUGAAAGACUUUCAUUUAAAAUGCGAAUCAAAUUUUUUUGAUUGACGUUAUUUUCUAAAUCAUGGCGCGUAAACUGGGAAAUCUAUCAGAUUUUACGCCUGACUAAAAUUUUUCUUGCUCCGAGCCAGGACGAUGGCAUCUUAGAACAUUGGUAAGGCUUGAAAAAAUUUAAUAGGAAAAAAAUCACCGGGUGUACUUGUCUCAAGCCAUUAUUGACAGGUUUUUUACGCAAAGUAAACAAAGAUUUGCCUGUGCGCCCAGGCUCUCAAGGAAGUCUCCGCAAGCAUACAUCCUAUAUAGAUGGAAGACGCGCCUACCGACGUCAUCAAAAUGAAUUUCUGCUUUCUGUAACUUUUUGUUUCCAUAUGUUUAGAAUCCGACUGUGACUUAGAUUUUGAGAGGAUCGGCUGCUUCAGAGACAACAAGAAGAGUCCGCGCCCUUUCCCUGAGUUUCUAAUGACAGACAGAGAGCGCAGACUAAAGAUUUACAGUGGACAGUCUAUAGAUUGGAGGAACUGGGAUGUUUAUAUGCCAAAAUUUGUCUGUCGCUGCGCAGAAUUAGCUAAAGAGAAAGGCCACAAUACAUUUGGAGUACAGUAUUAUGGUACGUAAGACUAACAAGCUUGUGUUCAUAGGGCAGCUAAAAAAAAUUGAAGUUAAUGGUUACUCUGAAGGUCCAGUCUGUGGACAUUGAUUCAUGUCGUAAAAUUUGCUUCUUUUAGGAGAAUGCUGGAGUGGUCCCGACUCAGAAAAAACCUAUAAUAAGCUGGGCGUGUCGAAAAAUUGUGAAGACAAGUGUUUUGAGAAAUGCAAGCCCUUCGAAAAGUAUUGUGCAGGGAAAGACUUUGCCAAUGCAGUCUAUCGCCUUUCAGGUUAGUCAGGGUAAUGAUUCUAUUAAUGUGAUAUCUCUUUAUAGCCACUCUUCAUGGAAUGUCAAAGUAAUCCACGAUUACGAUUGUUUUUCUUUACUUCGCUCUGUGAUUGGUCGAAAAAGAUCGCGUCACCCUUUCAACCAAACAGAUGCAUGCGACUUGGUCACCCACAUUUCCCCGUGUUUUAGGCAGUUAGCUUGUAUUUUUUAAGGUCCUAUGGUCUUUUCGAAGUAUUUGCUAUCGAGCUGAUUAGUCGUUGUUAUAACUCUGCUUUUGGUUUUACGAAACUCAGUCGAAAAGCGCUCUUUAUUCAUAGCCAGUCACAAUUACCUCCACAAAGUGAACAAUCAGACGUUGUGACGGAAAGUCAAAUAAGAAAAAUGUCAGUUCGUUAAGUAGAAAGCUUUCGGAAUGACAAGGCAAAACCCACAUCCGGGGAUGUUCAUCUCUUACACAUCCGGGUUAUUUUUUUUUCCAGAUGCCGGGUGCGAGAUAUCAUAUGAAGCUGUUGGUUGUUAUGGUGAAGUCUCGUCCAAUCGUGCUUUCACUAAAGAACUUGUGAAUGAGGUGAAGCCCUUUAGUCGGGCAUUUAACGGAGUAAUCAUGGAAUUUGGGAACAACUGGGAGGAAGGUUUCAAGAAAUUCCUGUGCAGAUGUGCGAGGGCAGCUCAUCUUAAACGGUACACCAUGUUUGGUGUUCACGAACAUGGUGAGUUUAGUUAUUAAGCAAGUUACAGAAAAGUUCGUCAAAUAAUGAAAAGUAUAGACGAAACUCAAACGAUCUACCAUCUCAAAACGUGUAAAAUAAGGUAUAUGAUAUCAAGCGCGGGAAAGCAUUUCGCAAGUGAAAAAGUGUUAGCGUGGAAAACAAAAAUGUUUUUCGCCGGAGAAAAUUCUGGAAAUUUCUAGUUCCACGAUCACUGAAAAGGCGGGAAAAUCGACGGAACGUUGACAAGACAUUAAAAAAAAAUUGGCACUCGGCGUCGCGCCUCAAGGGCGGGAAAAUCCAUAAGAACGACAGGACGCGGAAAAAGUUAGCCAGCUGUACCAAACGCGGAAAGAUUCCGCAAAAUCGAGUCGUGUUAUUUGACAAGCUUCUUUUUAGCCAUUAACUGUGGUAAUCUGCAAAACCAUAUUGUCACUUUCACCAUUUAGUCAAAAAUGGAAAAGGAAAGGAAUCACACACUGAGUUAAGCAAUUAAUUUGCCACUUUUUUUUUAAUCUCUGUAGGAGAAUGUUGGAGUGCCAGCGAUGCUGAUAAAAACUACGACAAGUAUGGCGCAUCCGACCAGUGUUUCCAGAACCUCAACCAAACUUGUACCGAGGGCUCCAGCUCCUGCGCCGGGGGCGCAAAUGCCAAUUUUGUGUACAGGAUUGUCUUGUCAUAA